UUUAUCAAGGGAGUCGUUCCAGUUGUAUUGAAACAAGUUCUCGAUUCGCCAGAAGGCAACUUCCAAAUGUGGGGAAUGACAUUUGGAAUGGUAACAAGUGUUGCUAUUGUUCGGUCUAUCGAUACGUCUUCCACCAAAAUGACCUACCAUUUGGAAGAUCAUACUGGACAAAUCGAAGCUCACUAUUGGUUAGAAGAGGGUGAUUCUCUAAAAGCUCCUGAUAUAAUGCUAAAUAGUUAUGCAAAAGUCUUUGGAACUGUCCGCCAGCACGGUGGACAGAAAACCCUGAUGGUAUUCAAAAUGUUGCCGGUCAACGAUGCCAAUCAAGUUGUUACACAUUUACUAGAGGUUCUGCACUCUAGAUACAAGGCUGAAGAAUACUCAAAGAAGGGUGACAAUGCUGGAGGUUUUGGUGAUUUCAGCAUGGGUGGUGGAGCACAACCAAGUGCACAAGCUGGGGGAAAUAAUUUGGGACUUGAAGGCAAACAAUUGGCAGUAUUUCAAGCAAUUAAGAAUCAUGCUACUGAAGAGGGUAUUAAUCGGAUGGAACUUCAGAAAAGAUUCAGUCACAUUUCCAAGGGUGAAUUGGAUAAUAUUCUUGAUUUCAUGACAUCAGAAGGACACAUUUAUUCAAGCAUUGAUGCUGAUCAUUUCCUUAGUACGGAUGGUUAGGUUAAGUUUAUUAAAUUUUUGUAUUUUGGGUCUUGUAACAAGAUUUCUAAAGGCGCAUUUUGUAUUUGUUAUUCUUAUAAAUAUCCUAAAGUUUUUUAAAAAUUA